CCACGGCCUGUCGAGCCAAUCAUCGCAGAGCUAAAGCCGUUCGGAUCAAGAUGAGUGUCCAUCAGAGACCCCAUGUCCAUGCCGGCCAGUCCCUGCCUGCCCAGAUCGUGAUGUCUGUCGGUCUCCUCGUGCGCGUCUCCAGCGACAAGAAGACGGGGAUCCCGUGAUAUGCCUCACGUGGAGAGGCAGACCCUAUCACGAAGCCGGCAUUCGUCAAGGGUGACACCAAGCUUCCAUGGAUGUCCUGGAUCAUCUCGACCGGGAUUCCGUCUCUCCAGGCUGCGCCUUCCAGUGGAUUCUCCCCCGGAGAGCUUUCCCCUCAAACUUCCUGCAUGCAGUUUAGCUCGCACUUUCUCCGGGCCCACCUCCCCUAGACCGGCGCGUUAUUCGACAGCCCCAGGGGAUCGCCGUUCUUUGUACUCGGGAGGCACGUCUCUUCCUGGCCUUGGCCUCAUGCGCGCUGGAAGCAGCCGUCGGCCGUGGUCGAGUCUGCGAAUCAGAGCGCCGGGUCGGCCUUUGGGUGUCAUGGCGGCUUGAUUGAAUUCGGUCCUAUGUGUCUUUUGGGAAUCGUGGUCCCUAUCCACCGAUCUAUAUAAGGUGUACUGCAACUCCUUGCUUUUCUUUUCUACUAGUGUGACAGUCAUAG